AUGCCCAAGAUGUCCAAGAACGGUUUGUUCGCCCAUGUCAAGGCUCAAGAAGAACGAAAACUAGUUGACAAGCUUCGUGAUAUUGGCCUCGGACAGUACAUCGAGCUGCCACAGAUUGCAGUCAUGGGCGAUACCUCCAGUGGAAAAUCGUCUCUGCUGUCGGCACUCUCGGGUGUAUCCUUCCCGUCGAACGACCAACUCACGACGAGAUGCCCCACGCAGCUUAUUCUGACUCGUGCGGAUACUUUCCGCGGCACCGUACGUCUCGUCCGGUUUCAAUCAAGUAGUGAGAACGACGAAGGUGAAGAGAAACAAGAGCUCAACCGACUCGAAGACGUCCCCGAUGCCAUCACCAAACUCACCCAGAAACUUGUCGACGAAGGUCAAAACAUCAGCGAUGACCAGAUCGUGAUCGAGAUGUGUGGCCCCGAAUUGCCUAAUCUCACUCUCACGGAUCUACCUGGACUGGUGCGUACAGUUGGUGACCGUGAAGACCAGAGUAUCAUUCCAAGACGCCAACAGUUUGGCAAAUGGGCCGAUCAGUAUCUGCGUCUGGUGGAGGCAGCAAUGGAUGGAAGAUAUGAGCUACUACCAACCUCGUCUUCGAGAUCCUUGCAACAGGAUGGCGUAGUUGGCAAGAUAAAUGCUCGCCUCCGUGCAGUACUGCGUGUGGAGGAAGCUUCUUUCCAGGAGGCUAUCAAUGAAACCAAAGACCGCAUUACUGAAGCUGGAAGUGAGAAGACGCAGGAAGAAGUUGCUGUCGGAGAUUUUGUGCAGAUUGAAAUCGACGGUGUGUGGCAAAGUGGUCGUGUGAAAGAGAUCAAAGGAACAGACAUUUGGUGUGAAGGAUUCAUUCAGUGGAAGUCGAAAUGUUACUGGCGCUACGACGAGCGAGCUAUACUUAAGCAAUUUAUUCGCGAAAACCGGGGUGACGAGCUUGCGAUUUUCACGUCGUAUCAGGUUUUUUGUAACCUGUUUCGUCAGUGUGUGGACAAAUGGGGACCACCGACUAACAAACUUUUGAGCUCAUAUCAAUCUCAGACGAAAUUGGUAUCCGACUUCGUAUCCGAUGAAAUCCAUGCGAGCUCGCGCGUCGUGCAGUUUAUCAGAAGCACAGCUGCCGAUGUCCUCGAUCGUGUUGUUGCAGCAGCUAGUCAGGAGAUAGAAACCUUACUGACCGCUGAAGACCGGCCGUACACUCAAGACGAACGUUUGUUUCAGGACUUGGAUCAACAGCGUUUGCAAGCUCUUCAGGAGCAGGUGAAGGCUGGUGUUCCCGUCGAUUCGGAUGGGAAAGUCCUGCUCACUGAGGUAAUGAAGACUUUACAGGCGGCGACUCUCUCCACGGAAGAUCGAGAAGUUCUCGAGAUGCAGGUGGCUCUGCAUGCGUACUUGGAUGUGGCGGUUCCUCGGUUUGUGGAUGCCAUCCCAAUGAGACUAAAUGAUUUAGUUCUGCGCAAGUUCGUCGUUGAGAUGACCAACGAGCUGAACGGUUUGACGGACGACAAGCUGGCGAGGUUGAUGCAGGACCCUGAGCACAAAAUUGCGGAGCGCCAACAACUCAAGGAGGAGCUUGCGUGUCUUGCUAGCGCUAGGAAAGAGAUUGAGUUGGUUUGUUAA